AUCGCAAAAUUCAUUCAAAGGUUCAAAGUGUGCUGUGCUCGAUACAAUCAUUUCAUUUUGUUGCUCGUUGAAUAAAUUUGAUCAAGAGUUGGAAGGAAAUGGGUGUAAGACAUCUGGAAUCGUUCAUAACUCAAACCGUGCCGAAUGGUUGCUACCGAAUCAACAUUGAAAAUGAAAUUUGCAGAUACCACGACUCCCAAUGGCGCAGGAACGCCCCAGGCCCAACGAUCGUCAUCGACCUUAUGUCGCUGUACAGCCCCAUUGGAGACACGAACGUAGCGGGAAGCAUGUGCGGUGGCCGCUAUACGCUCGUUUACCAGCAGCUGGACCGAUUUUUCGCCAAACUUCGGGCUAUCGGAGCGACGCUGGUAUUUUUCUGCGACGGGGUCGUUCAAGAGGAAAAAUACGUAACUUGGAACGAGCGUCAAAAGAGAAAGUAUGAAGAUACUAUAAGAAUUUUGGACGCCGUCGACGAGGGGAUCAGUUUGGACACGUUGAUCAACCUGUUCCAUCGGGAUUUUCCCGGGAAUUGGCUGUACCCGGUGAAGGAAGUAGCGAAGAAGCACGGCCGGGUCGUAACUUCGAUCGCCAACGAGUGCGACAAGGAGCUGGUUCAGUAUGCCAACUCGGUUAACGCGCUGGCGAUCAUUUCGAACGACACGGACUUUUUGAUCUACGAGGGUUUCUGGCAGUACUGGUCGUGCAAGGACAUGAACUUUGAAACGUUGACUACGAAGGCGUACAACCGGGUGGGCUUGGUUAGACAUCUGGGCUUGGAGUUCCGACAGAUGCCGUUGCUGGCGACUCUUGCCGGGAACGACGUAAUUCACUACGAUGAGGUGAAGCAGUUUCAUCGAACGCUGGGAAGUCCGAGGACUAAGUUUAACGAUCUGGCUCGCUUCGUUGAUCAGCAGCAAAUUUCUGCCAGGACCCACGAGGUGGAUCUACGAAAGCUGGUGUUUCACGUGUUUGGCGAAGAAGACGAUGAGCUGUUUCAGCGGUUCCAGAAAAGUCUGGAUUUGUACGAUUUGGACAAGUGGAACCCAAUUCAGACGGUGAAGCAUGACCAAACAGUCAACUUGUUGCUGACCUUGUCCAGCAAGUUUAUGUACCAGAUCUACAUGGGCCAUCCGUUCGAAAUGACGGGCUUUGUUACCGAUUUGCGCGAACAUCAAGUCGGGUGGCGUUACCCACAGCUGGCGAUCCGGCUGGAGCAGCGCAAGGUCGGUAUCAUUCUCUACCAUCGAGAAAACUCUACACUGAUGAGGCUCGUGACGAAAUUGAGCCACGACGAGGACUACACUUUGCACGUCUUUAACGCGGAAUUUCCCCAGAACAUCCGCGUUCCUCCACUUCUUGACUUGCUCAGCAAACAGCCGGAUAUUCAGGCAAGUCUGUACGAAACCAAACUAGCCCUGCUCUGCUGGAUUGCUUCCGAUACGCUAAACAGCCACCAACUAGCACCAACUCCGUACAUCCUCCAUCCAACGCUCCUAACGCUGUACUUCCUGCUGGAAUCCCGCGUACUGCACCUCUUCGAGGCCGACCUGCUGCUUCAGAUCGCUUUUGACGUAGCAUUUGAAAGAUGCGACCUGCUUCGGGUUCAAUAUCCACGCGGUGAGUUCAACCCACGGGCGUUCCGGAUCGCCUUUUUGUAUCCGAAAAUGUACAAUCACCUGGCGAAGGCGGUUCGGGACGUGGGCUUGGAUGGGCCGGACUAUCGCGAACAUCCCCAGUUUGACGGGGUUUUGUUUCACGCUCGGUACGAGGAGUGGGCGCAGGGUAAGGGUCGGCUGGACGGGAUUCACCAGUGGCGCAUUUAUGCACAUCUUGGGGGCGAGAGUGAGUUGUAGUGAGUUUGCUGAAUAAGCUACAUAUUUGGUUGUUUCUCUGCAAUGUAAAA